AUGAACUUCUUCAAGAUGAAGUGGCUUUUGUUCUCAGUGUUUAUUAUAUCUUUCUUGUUUUCGGUUUUAUAUGCUGUUCAUGAGGUCUCGGUGUCUUGUAUGAUGGCAUAUGAAGAAGGUGGGGCUCUUGCUGUUUUCAGCUCGCCCGAGUGUUCUCAGUGGGUUUUUUCUCCUAAAUCUUUCGAAAAUUCCACACAAAAUUGCGAUUAUGCAACUCAUCAAGGGCGUAGAGAAUACCAAGAAGACCGUGUUACGUGCAAUCUUGACAUGAAACUACCUUUCUCAGUAAUUGAGUACUAUAUUAUAAGCAGCAAAUGCAGAAACGAAGCGCUCGACAAACGCUACAUUUCAGGGUCAACUGCCACAAUUGUUCUUUUGGUCAACGGAGAAUUUCUAGUUGCUAAUAUUGGCGACUCGAAAGCCCUUUUGUGCUCUCGGAAAAAUCUCUCGACUCAUGAUACUGAAGGUUCUUCAUUAGUGGAAAGUUAUGUUGAAGAACUAACAAGAGAUCAUCAUCCAGACAGGGAAGAUGAGAAGGCCCGGAUUGAAGCAGCUGGCGGCUUUGUCACUAAAUCGAGCAUUCCACGUGUCAACGGCGUAUUGGCCGUCUCCAGAGCCAUCGGUGAUGUGUAUCUAAAACGAUAUGGCGUCACAGCUGAACCCGAGCUCACUGGAUGGAGACAUUUUACCAAUGAGAACAGCUUCUUGAUAGUCACAUCAGACGGCGUAUUUGAGACUUUGGCUCCCGAGAAUGUGUGUGAGAUUGUACACACGAUUUUCGAGUCCUCAUCUGAAUAUAUCACAAAAUCCUCACUUGCCGAGCGCAUAAUUCGCAGUGCGUUUAGGUCGGGCAGCACGGAUAACCUAUCGGCUAUAGUGAUUUCUGUUAUGUUAGAUAAUUGCAAAGAGAAAAUAUGAGAUUUUAUAGUCCUUGACCAAUAUUCCACUUGUAUUUCAAAGUUUCUGGUUGUAGCAUCUCAAUAUAAAGAUUUUUUUAUAUUGUGACAACCAUAUAAAGGUCUUUUAGUCGUAUACCC